AUGGAGGCCGCCGCCAAGGGCGCCUUCGUCCUCGGCAACCUGGCCGAGGUGGUGGAGCGCGUCCUCGGCUUCCUGCCCACCAAGGCGCUGCUGCGCGCCGCCUGCGUGUGCCGGCUGUGGAGGGAGUGCGCCCGGCGGAUCCUGCGGGCGCGGCAGCGCGUCGCCUGGGUGUCGGCGCUGGAGCCGGGCCCCGCCGAGAGCCACGCGCUGGUGCGCGCGCUGGCCCGCGAGCUGGAGAGGGUGCACGUGCUGCCGCACACCGUGCUCUAUAUCGCGGACGCGGAGACCUUCAGCGGGCACGAGGAGAGCCACGAGCAGAAGAAAGCCAGGAAAAGAAACAGUAAAGAAACAGCAAUUGCGCUCGAGAAAUUGUUGCCGAAGCGAUGUCAGGUUCUCGGACUGGUCACCCCAGGGAUUGUAGUUACCCCUAUGGGUUCAAGCAGCAAUCAACCUCAAGAAAUUGAAGAGGGUGAAGCUGGGUUUGCUCUGUUGUUUCCCAAAAUCGAUGGGGUGAAAAUUCAUACCUUCCAUUUUUCAAAGGACUUGAAGAACAGGGUCUUUGAUGAAAGUAAAUUUGCUGAAGCAGGUCUGAAGAAUAACCCAGAUCUCCGGGUGGUUCUUCUGUUUGGCUACAACUCCUGGAAGUCUGGAGCGACUCGAUUUCUUCAUCAAAUAGUCAAUCCUUUGAAUGAGAAAAGUAUCAUCCUGGCGGGGGGCCAAGUGGAGAGCUUUACAUCGCUGACCUCUGAGAAUAACAACGCCCAGCCGGGCGAUGCCUGCGGUGUGGUUGGGCUGGCUUUCAGCGGUCCCCAGAUCCAGAGUGCCACUGUUCUGCUAGACCAGGACGUAGCUGAUGAGAGGACAGCAGAAGCCGCCAUGCAGCGUCUCAAAGCAGCAAACAUCCCCGAGCAUAACACCAUUGGCUUCAUGUUUGCGUGUGUUGGCAGAGGAUAUCGGCAUUAUAAAACUAAAAGGAAUAUGGAAGCAGAUGCAUUUAGGAAGUUUUUUCCAAACGUUCCUCUCUUUGGCUUUUUUGGACAUGGGGAAAUAGGAUGUGAUCGAAUAGUUACUGGGAAUUUUGUAUUAAGAGAAUGUAAUGACAUAAAGGAUGACCUGCUUCAUGGUUAUACUACCGUUAUGACUCUUAUUCAUCUUGGUUCAACUAAAGCAAACCAAAUGUAAGUGUGUUUUUAAUGCUUCAGGGAGCUGUUUGUUUCAUUCCAGAAAGCCAAGAAGUCUGGAAGAGUGGACAUCUUGCAAUCAAAGCCCCUUCCAAAACGUAAACAUCAUUUUGGUAAUAUUAUCAAAUCUUGUAGUUGGAAUAGAGUUUUAUAUAAUAGCUCUGAGAAAGCUUUGCAUUUUGUGUAAUCAGAAUUGCAGGUAAAUGAUAUUUGAUGGAAUUCUGCAAUUGAAGAAAGCCUCUUUCUUCCAGAAUGAGGGUGGUUUGCACAAAUGGCAGUUGGAGUCCAAAUAUAAACAUGUAGAAAGAAACAGUACUUUGAUGUGCUCUAUUUAUGUAUGUAAAACAGUCUAGAAGAACUACUGAUGCAUACUGAAAUACUGAUGCAUAAAAUCCACCAUUUCCUGGAUUUUAUUUCAAGAGAGAUGCCCAGCCUGCCCAGACUCGAGUCCUAUUUACAGAUCUGAAUGGUUUUAGUAGAUAAAAUGAAUGAAAAUCUUUAGAGAAAAAUAACAAAGUGCUCAUUAAAUAAAGAUGAAACUACAUA